GCGCCCGGUGCGAGUGCGGCGCGCGUGUGCGAGCGUGUCAGGGCGCUGUGCUGCGGGAGUGAGUGAGGAGUGCGUGUGUGUGUGCGUGUGCAUGAGUGCGGGGCGCGCGGGGCUCCUGUGCUCGGCUCGCGGCCGCCGCCGGGGAAGGACGGACAGACGGCGCUGCCUCCUCGGGCGAGCGGCUCCCGGGCACCUCGGCGCGGCGCGGGCGCGAGAGGAGCGCGCCUGGCCGGCCGCCGGCCUCCCGAAGGUCCCGCCGCGUCCCCCUUGGGCUGGAUAUGUUCAUGUUCACGUGAAGAUGGAUUUAGUGUACGGACUCGUGUGGCUGCUGACAGUCCUCCUCGAGGGGAUCUCCGGCCAAGGAGUGUACGCUCCCCCCACGGUUCGCAUUGUGCACUCUGGCUUGGCCUGUAACAUUGAGGAGGAACGCUACUCGGAAAGAGUCUAUACAAUCCGGGAAGGAGAAACCCUAGAAUUGACCUGUCUGGUCACAGGACAUCCACGUCCACAGAUCAGGUGGACGAAAACAGCAGGAAGUGCCUCUGACAGAUUCCAGGACUCCAGUGUCUUCAACGAGACUCUGCGGAUUACGAACAUUCAGCGCCACCAAGGAGGCCGGUAUUACUGCAAGGCAGAGAACGGCUUGGGCUCUCCAGCAAUAAAGUCCAUCAGAGUGGAUGUGUACUAUUUGGAUGAUCCAGUAGUAACUGUUCAUCAAAGUAUAGGUGAAGCUAAAGAACAGUUUUACUAUGAGAGAACAGUGUUUCUCCGGUGUGUUGCCAAUUCCAAUCCACCUGUUCGGUACAGCUGGAGGCGUGGCCAGGAGGUGCUGCUACAAGGCUCGGAUAAAGGAGUUGAGAUUUAUGAACCCUUCUUUACACAGGGUGAAACAAAGAUCCUAAAACUGAAGAAUCUUCGACCUCAGGACUAUGCUAAUUAUAGCUGCAUCGCUUCCGUAAGGAAUGUAUGUAAUAUUCCUGAUAAGAUGAUGUCGUUUAGGCUUUCCAAUAAAACAGCAUCUCCAUCAAUUAAACUCUUGGUGGACGAUCCUAGAGUUGUAAAUCCUGGAGAGGCCAUAACGUUAGUGUGUGUUACAACGGGAGGAGAGCCUGCGCCCUCUCUCACCUGGGUCAGGUCCCUUGGGACCCUCCCUGAAAAGACUGUCUUGAAUGGAGGAACUUUGACCAUACCUGCCAUCACCUCCGAUGAUGCUGGUACUUACAGCUGCCUUGCCAAUAAUAAUGUGGGAAACCCUGCCAAAAAGUCCACUAACAUCAUUGUGAGAGCAUUAAAAAAAGGACGGUUUUGGAUCACCCCAGACCCUUAUCACAAAGACGACAACAUCCAGAUCGGGCGAGAGGUGAAAAUAUCCUGCCAGGUAGAAGCUGUCCCUUCUGAGGAGCUAACCUUCAGCUGGUUUAAAAAUGGCCGACCGUUAAGAAGUUCUGAGAGGAUGGUGAUUACCCAGACUGAUCCCGAUAUCUCCCCUGGAACCACCAACUUGGAUAUCAUUGAUUUAAAAUUCACGGAUUUUGGGACCUAUACGUGUGUAGCCUCUCUGAAGGGAGGAGGAAUUUCUGACAUCAGUAUUGAUGUUAAUAUUUCCAGCAGCACAGUUCCACCCAAUCUGACUGUUCCACAGGAAAAAUCACCUUUGGUCACCAGAGAAGGAGACACAAUAGAACUGCAAUGCCAAGUAACUGGGAAGCCUAAGCCUAUCAUCCUGUGGUCUAGAGCGGACAAAGAAGUUGCAAUGCCUGAUGGGUCAAUGCAGAUGGAGAGCUAUGACGGGACACUGAGGAUUGUGAACGUGUCUAGGGAGAUGUCAGGGAUGUACAAAUGUCAGACCAGCCAGUACAACGGGUUCAACGUCAAGCCGAGAGAAGCCUUGGUGCAACUCAUCGUUCAGUAUCCGCCUGCUGUGGAACCGGCAUUCUUGGAAAUCCGUCAAGGGCAGGACCGGAGCGUCACUAUGAGCUGCAGGGUCCUGAGAGCCUACCCGAUAAGGGUGCUGACGUAUGAGUGGCGCUUGGGCAAUAAGUUACUACGGACCGGUCAGUUUGACUCUCAGGAGUACACGGAGUACCCCGUGAAGAGCCUUUCCAAUGAGAACUACGGAGUUUACAAUUGCAGCAUCAUGAAUGAAGCUGGAGCUGGAAGAUGCAGCUUUCUGGUCACAGGAAAGGCCUAUGCUCCAGAAUUCUAUUACGAUACCUACAAUCCGGUGUGGCAGAACAGCCAUCGUGUUUAUUCCUACAGUCUACAGUGGACACAGAUGAAUCCUGACGCAGUGGAUCGGAUUGUCGCAUACCGCCUGGGCAUUCGGCAGGCUGGACAGCAGCGUUGGUGGGAACAGGAGAUCAAAAUAAAUGGGAAUAUACAGAAGGGAGAAUUAAUUACACAUAACUUGACCGAGCUCAUUAAGCCAGAGCCUUAUGAAGUCCGCCUGACUCCUCUCACCAAAUUCGGUGAAGGAGAUUCGACAAUUCGUGUUGUCAAAUAUAGUGCUCCUGUAAAUCCUCACUUAAGAGAAUUUCACUGUGGAUUUGAAGAUGGUAACAUUUGUUUGUUCACACAAGAUGAUACAGAUAAUUUUGAUUGGACAAAGCAAAGUACUGCAACAAGAAACACAAAGUAUACCCCGAAUACAGGACCUAAUGCUGAUCGCAGUGGCUCCAAAGAAGGUUUCUAUAUGUACAUUGAAACAUCUCGGCCCAGACUGGAAGGGGAAAAGGCUCGACUCCUCAGCCCUGUCUUCAGCAUAGCUCCCAAAAACCCGUAUGGCCCCACCAACACCGCAUACUGCUUCAGCUUCUUUUACCACAUGUAUGGACAACAUAUAGGUGUUUUAAAUGUAUAUCUACGUUUGAAAGGGCAGACAGCAAUUGAGAAUCCACUGUGGUCUUCAAGCGGGAAUAAAGGACAACGAUGGAAUGAGGCCCAUGUUAAUAUUUAUCCCAUUACAUCAUUUCAGCUCAUCUUUGAAGGUAUUCGAGGUCCAGGAAUAGAAGGUGAUAUUGCCAUUGAUGAUGUAUCCAUUGCAGAAGGAGAAUGUGCACAGCAAGACCUAACUACUAAGAAUUCCGUUGAUGGUGCUGUUGGGAUUUUAGUUCAUAUAUGGCUUUUUCCAAUUAUCGUCCUCAUCUCUAUCUUAAGUCCUCGAAGGUGACCUUAUCCUGGCAGAGGCUAUAAAAGAUUCACCUGGCACUGGCAUGAAGAAAGAGUCUUUGUAAAUGGACAUUAUAAAAAAGAAAAAAAAAAAAAAAACAAACUACCAAAGAUUCCUCCACUGACUACUGACUGAAACACAAAAUAAUAAAGACAAAAUUUUUUUAAGCACUGGGGAUAAAAACACAUGGCGGAAGUAUAACUUAUUCCAAACUACAUAUAAAACAUAAUCUUGACAUGCGUAGAGAAAAGACCUUCAGGUGCUUUUGUGGCUAAAACGAUUACAGCGUCAUCUGGUUGAACUCUGGGAAAAAAAAAAAAAAAAAGAGCUAUAGAAAUCCUUGUCAAAGCACAAAGUCAUGGCUGGUUUUGUUUCAAAUGAAUAGUUUGCUUGUUACCAUGGAAACCUAAUGAACUGCCAACAAAAACCUCACUGUAAACAGGGUAUGUGAAGAGCUGGCAUUUAUUUUCCUUUCAAGAAGGUUUUACGUAGAGAAUUCAAUAAAUGUAGGCCCUUUUACCUUUGGCUGUUACCCUUCCUUGGAAAUACCAGGACUCAGAAUUAUUUAAAGCAUCAUCUCCCUCCCCACCUUCCCCCCACCCCACACUUAUUAUUAGUUUUUUCUUCCAUGGCUAAGCUAGAUAACUGUAUGCUGUCUCUCUGCAUGCACUACCCUCCAGGGUGGGAAACCUGGGCUUACAUAUUACACAGGCUUAUAGGAGUUUGCUUGCGGCCACUUGAACACCCAAACUAUGUCAUCUGUUCCAACAAAGAAACCAAACCACCAUCUUUUAUAAAUUGCCAUGGAAACCAAGUGCCUUCAAUGAAACAAGCCUGAAUAAUUUUCAACUCAGAAGCUUGCACUGCUAAGAGUGGUUUGUGUAGAACUAUUUUGUAAACAAACUACAGAGCCUAAACGUGCAAAUUACAGGCAAGACAACCAAGCCGCUUCUGAAGAAGAAAGGACCGGAGCUGCUGCGUAAGCCCAUGCAAACAAGAUGUUUGUUAUUUAACCUCUCAGACAGCCAUGGCCUUUCGGCUUAUUGUCCAUUAAAGGAUAACUUCCACCGAGACCACACCGAGAGCGACACUUUUUUCUUCCAGGUUAUUAAGUGGGUCAACCAGAGCAAAAGGUUGUUAAGAUAAUACUCAGCUCAGAAGGUGGUAAAACACAAAAGUAAUUUUUUUUACUGUAACCUCCAUUUGAAAUGAAAUUGGCCCUAGCUUUAGAGGGAACGAGAAAAUGUUUGUGACUGCGCUGUGUAUGGACUCUACGGCGGACCUGAGCCUGAGAAAUCUGGCUUUAUUCGAAACUCUGAGGGAUAUAUGCCUCUGCCCUGUAGUCGGACUCUGCAAAUUGUGAAAUAUUAUUUUAUUAUUUUGCCAAGAUUAAAAAAAACACUUUUACAAAAAAACAAAAACCUGUAAAAAUGAUUUUGAGCUACCUGAGGACAAAUCAUACCUUUAACCAGCCAGUUUUCCAAUGCAUUGUAAAUUUCACUUAAACUUAUUGGUUAUGAAAAUUUGAAGAUCUUUUUCCUUAAAUUAUCUCAGCUUUUAACUUCAUUAAAAAAAGACUUUUGUCUAAAGAAGAAUAUUACUAUUAUAUGUUAUUUCAAUACCCCAGGAUUUAAAAAAAAUUGAUUAUGCAAGUAAUUGGGAUAUAAGUAUUAAAUUAUAACAUUUGCAAAUAUUAAUAUAAAAGCACAACAAAAUGUAGUGGAAAAAUGACAAAGCUUGAUUUUUAAAAAGAGAUCUGUAGAAAUGUUUGUGCAAAUUCAGUAAUUCAACUUAAACUAUAAUUUUAAAGCUAUGUUCAAUAAAGCCUCUUUCUAGGUAAGGUA